AUGGAGGCUGGCUGUUACUGGUUGGACAAACCAUCUCAGGAGCUGGUUCUUAGUGCCCCUACAGCCGUGGAUGCUCUGGUGGACCUGGUUGUGUAUUACAAGGACCUGCAUGUCACAGCAGUGACUUUUUGUUCAGCCUCUCUCUGUAUCCACUUUUCUUCAGACCACAGCAAGUCAGGGAGAGGUGGGUGGGGACCAACGUGCCUGCGCUUGCAGGAAGCUGGUUUCCGCAGGUUAGAGAACAGCCUCUCUUCCCUGCAGAACAACUUCAUCAACCUCAGCUUCCUACGCCUCUUCCGUGCUGCCCGGCUCAUCAAGCUGCUCCGCCAAGGCUACACCAUCCGCAUCCUGCUGUGGACCUUCGUCCAGUCCUUCAAGGCCCUGCCUUACGUGUGUCUGCUCAUCGCCAUGCUUUUCUUCAUCUAUGCCAUCAUUGGCAUGCAGGUAUUUGGAAAUAUUGCCCUGGAUGAUGACACCAGCAUCAACCGGCACAACAACUUUCGAACAUUUUUACAAGCCUUGAUGCUGUUGUUCAGGUGUGUUGUUUGGGAAGUCAGCCCACGCUCAGAGGCCUCUCCACCCAGGAUGCACAGGGUGUGUGCUGACCCACGGGGCUACCCAGCUUGUGCUGGCCUCCCCUCAAUGGACCUUUCCAGCUUCUCCCCUCUUUUCGUUGUCCUUUCCUAAGGGUUCCUGGGCUUCAGUCAGCCUGAGCCCCGUGUUAGUCUGACCUCCACCACCUCGUCUCUGAUCCCUGACAGCGACCAAAACGCCUCUAGCAAGGCUGCAGCUGAGAGUCUGGGAGGACAGAAGGUGCCCAGCAAGGCCUUUUUUUGGUGUGCUGGCCAUAAGCUUUCCGUCUGUUGGCCUUGUUGAUUAUGGUGAUCUGUGGGAUCAGGGGGAAGCAGAGCAGUGGGAACCCCUCUUGAUACAGUAUGUGCUACUCAGUGACCCAAGGAACUCAGCUGGCCAGAACUGCUGGUCUGAGUGCACCUCCACCUGCCCCCGUGGCUCACAGGACUGCAA